UUUGUAAACACACUUACCACGUGAGACUGGAAGCUAAAUAAAAAUAAACCUAGGUUAAUUUAAUAAUUAUUUUUAUAAACAAAGAUUAAAAAGAAGUUAAAUCACUUGCUACAAUAACUUUUGUCUCCAUAGAUUUAAAAAAUGAAUUAUUUACUCAUUUAAAAAGUAACAUUAAUUUUAAAAAACUAUACACCAUCAACAUGUACGUAUUCAAACCCUUUGUUUUGACUGAAAUAAAUAACAAAGACAGAAUAAAACCAUCAGCAAGAAGAUGGCCAAAUAUUGUUAAUAAUGACAAGUAUUUAUAUUUGUACUGCGGCACGACGCGGCUUGAGAAUGAUGACAAAGAAAAGGAUCCGGGUGAUGACUUUGAUGAUUCUGAUGGUGAAGUAAGUGACGAAGAAUCUUUCAGUACCGAGUACACAGUAAAAUAUCUCCAGGACAUGUGGGAAUUUAACUUGGCCACAGAGACUUGGAGAUGUCUUCCUGACAGAAGUUAUCCCAGUGAUGACGAGAAUAUUAUUGGAGUAGGACUGAAUGAGUCGACGAUUGUCGCGACCACGCAGGGGGUCAACAAUGAGAACAAUGUCUACGUUUAUGAUUUAAUUGACAAUACCAAGGACGUUAAAAUCAAAUUGAUCCAAGAGUGGCCUAGUAGAUUGUUCUGUUUCAAUCUUAUCAGUCAUGAGAACUAUUUUUAUACUGUCGCGUACGGGGAGUAUGGAAUAAACGUCUUCAAAUUAGACUAUGGAACCGGAAGCUGGACGAGAAUCGACCGUCAAUGUCUGAAUAGUUUUACUGAAGUUCUGCCAUUCGGCGAAUUCAAUACUGCGUUUGAUGGAAAAAUUUUUGUUUUUAUAGUCGACGACUGGCGGCAAGAUCACAGGAAACCUAUCAAGAAAACGGUGGCUUUUGAUUUAGAGAAGAGACAGUGGGAAGAUAUUGAGACCAUUGGAGAUGAUGGGAAAAAUUACCCGGAAUUCAGGACUGGAUUUAAUUUGUGCCAGUAUACGGACCCGGAUACUGGAGAAGUAAAUGUUAUUCUCACUGGAGGUGUAGCAGAUACUAAAUACUAUGAUGAUGUUUGGCGGCUUAAUUUGCAUACACUCCAGUGGACAUGUUUGAAUAAAUUUGGGUCUGUUCUUCCAAUACCGAUUACUGAUCACGCGGCAACUAUUACUGAUAAUGGUAAAUUGUAUGUCUUUGGUGGGAUAACGGGAACUCAAGAUGAUAAGUUCAUUAGAGUUGAUGCUCUCUAUUCAACCUGGCUGAGGAUCCCAAGACUGACAGACAUUUGCUGGGAAGCUGUAAUUUAUUACUACGGCGACCUGAGCACUAAAUCAGACGAGGAAUUUAAAAAAAUGGGUUUGCCUCCGAAAUUUGUAAAAUCCAUAAUAGAAUAAAUAGUAAUAGAUCUAUAAGUGCAAGAAUACAUAUUUUUACAAGUACUAUUAGAAAGUUUUUUCAUAACGAUGUAAAUAUUUUGUUGAUAAAUCAAGCUAUAUUUAUUACGACUCUAAGUUACGGCUUUUUUGUUUAUGAUAUAUCAGUAUGAUAUAUUUAAGUAUAAUUACAAUGUGGCGUAUAUAGAACAUCACCUUAGAGACUUAGUUACAAUUAAUAUUGAAUUCAAAUAUGUAUCAAAAGAAUUAUUUGCUUGACAAAUAAAUUUAAUUUGA